AGGGUAUAUGCAGAUAAAAACACGUUAACAAAAUACAAGACGUUAACGUUAAUCAAUAUGUUAAACCAAGUAGGAUUCUGCUUCAUCUCACAGCGCAGAACUCGUAGUCAUACGUUUGAAUAAAGUGGCUACCCUACUUACUUAACUUAAAUUCAAUUAAAUUAUGUACAGUUUAUGGUCAUUCUUAGAAGCUUGGCCAUUGCCACUAACACGAAACUGUAAACACUCUGAAAGCAACACUUCUCAGAUUUGACAAAAAAACAUGGAGGAGCGUUAAAUAAACCAUUUUUGUGUCAAGGGAAAUAAUUUCGAGGACAUUUCGAAUUGUUUUAUAAGGCAAAUAUACAUGAAUGACUAAGUCGAUACCUCAAGGCACGCUACGGGAAAAUAUUUUAACAAGCAAGGUGAUUCUUUGUUUAACAUACUGUGGAACAACAAACAAAAACAAACGUGGACAUCUGUGACUGUACCCUUUUAAAGCAAAUAAAUGAUUUAUGAAUAUCAAUCCAAUUGCUCGUUAAUGCUAAAACCCAAUUUAUGUAGGAAGUUUUAUUGCAAACGUAUCUAUACUGAAAAAAAAAGCUUCGCAAUCAAAAGUUCUGAUGUAGUCCCAAAUAUAAAAUUUUAUAUAAUACUUUGAAGACACGUAGCACAUGAAUCAUCAAAUUUGACGUCAGGAUCGCAUGAUGGUAAGCAAUUAUUGCAUUACCCAAAACUUGAGAUAAUAUUAAGAUAACAGCUAUCUGCAUCUUGGAUAAUCCCAUCCAUCUUAUAUAAAAAAGAGCGCGAUCAAUUAUCACCUCAAAACGAACGAACAAUAUGCGCGCGGUAGCCGUCUUAUCGCUCCUGUGCCUUUUCGCGGCCUACUCCUGCCAGAGCCACGACCUGGUCUUAGGCCAGACCACGUACGGAGACGUGGUCUUAUACAAGGUCAACGAAUAUAAAUAUGGCUUCCCUUUCUUCCUGAGGACCAGCAUUAUUGAAUACCCAGAGCCUGGGAAGUAUAACUUCGCUUAUAUAAGAGCUAUCCACAUUAAAGACAACGAUCAUGAUGGCACAGGAGGAUACCCAUCGAUUUCUGCUGGAGGUAUCGGACAGCGGUUUGUGAAGAUCAAGUUGAAGUCCCAGCGUGGCAGCGGGUUCAACUUCACGGUGACCAUCUACGGACGAUAUUGAUUUGCUUUUAACUUAUGUGCGCCAGCUGCAUUUUGUAAAUAUUUUAUUUUAUUAAUUUAUAUUUUUCUGUCAAUAUUGAAGCGCCAUUGAGUUUCUUGUUUAGUUUUGUUUUGAACAACACAAUAUGUAAUUUGCCUACGACUCUGAGUUAUAAUUAGUGUGUAGAUGUGUAAUCUUAGUUCAAGGUGGAUCUUAUGCACCAUGGAGGUGGUAGGUCUUGUAGACUACAAUUUUAUAAAAAUAAUAUAAAUAAAGUACCCACAUAUAGCACAAUGCUACUUCAUUGUCUUCACUUGGAAAACAGGCCAGUGUUUUGGAGCAAUUACUAUUUUUUCCAGCACCUAUAAUACUUUCAUGCAUAUAGCAAUUAUAGCAUGAGCCCAA